AUGUCCAAGGCCAAGCUGAUGUGGGAUGCCUGGCUGCUGGCUUUGGCUGUGACCUUUCACCUGAGCACAGCCCCGGGGAGAGCAGACCAGUGCUCUGGAGGCAGCAAUAUCUUCACGGAAAUCCCAGAGAACAGCCCCAACGGCUCCUUCGUGGCCAACCUAACGGGCUUUGGGGAUCCGCUGACUGGUGGUCUGCAGCUCUGCCUGGGUGGCACCGAUGCCCACUGGUUCUACCUCGAGGAGAAGGCUGUGCGACUCAACAUCUCUGCAGGGAAGAUCCUGGACAGAGAGGCCUUAGACCCUCCUGUGCUGGUAGUAACUCUGUACUGUUCUGAGGACCACCUCCCCCAGGUGGAGUACAGAGUGAUGGUACGGGUGCUCGACGUGAAUGACCACCAACCCUACUUCCAGGGAGAGCCCAUCCUCUCGCAGAACAUCAGUGAGCUGGCAGCCCUACACUCCGUGGCGUUUACAACACGGGCAGAAGACGAGGAUGGCGACCCACUCAUGUACUCCAUCGACAGCACCUCGACCGACGCCAAGCAUUUCCGCAUUGAUCUUCCCAACAGCGGGAGGGUGGUCCUGGCCCAACCGCUGGACUUCGAGACCAAACGACAGCUGGAGGUCGUGAUCCAUGCCGUGGAGAUGAACACCAGGGAACGCUACCGCUGUUCAGCCACCGUCCGCAUCAAUGUUCUGGAUGGGGAUGACCAGUACCCCCGCUUCCUCCCUUGCCGUCUGCUGCCCCAGCGCGGUGCCGGCGUCUGCGUCAGCCCCAUCUACACUGCCAACAUCACCGAGGGAACCACUGUGGAGGGGCCUUUAAUCUUUUCACCGGGGGCCAUCCACGCUGAGGAUGGAGAUGAGGCUCUGCAGGCUCCCAUCUCCUACUCCAUCCUCUCAGGGGCAGACUGGGGUCGUUUCCGUAUUGACAAUGCCACAGGGGCCUUGAGCAUGCAGAGCGCUGCCCCCAGCAGCCAGCUGACCCCCGCCUUCCGCCUCAUCGUCAUGGCUGCCCAGGUGAAUGACGCCAAGAAGUACGCAGUGUCAGAGGUGGUGGUCCGGGUGUUGGCCACCAACCACUUCCCGCCACGCUUCCCCCUGUCCCGCCUCAUCUCCUUUGUGCCCGAGGGUCCUGGCGCAGCGGCCCUGCUGCUGACCUACGGCGGGCGGGUCCUCUCUCUGCAGGCGGUUGACCCCGACUUCCCCGAUGGAGUCAACCCACGCCUGUGGUAUGAGCUGCAGCCCCAGGGCAACCAGUCUCAGCUCUUCUCCGUGACGCAGGGUGGGCUGGUCAUCGCCAGGCCUCACCAGCUGCGAGCAGCUGAGAGGUACUCCCUGCAGGUCAUCGCCCGGGAUGAGGAGUCAGGGGAGUCCACCAAUGUCUCAAUCAGCGUGGAGGUGCUGCAUGCCAGCCAAGCAGCUCCUCCAGAUCCAGCAGAGCCCUUCCAGCCCCGAAGCCUGGCAGAAGUAGCGGCCGUGGGUGGGGGUCUGGCUGGGGCCGUGCUGCUGGUGGUGGCCGGGCUCUGUCUGGGCUCCCGAGCCCUGAGGAGGCGGCAGAGGCACCGGGAGACCCUGGAGCAGGUGACGCUUGCUGGCGAAAAACACCCAAAUGUGGACAGCACAAGGAAGGCAAGCCCGGCCCCGGAAAAUAUCUACUUCCAGAAUGAAGGCUUCAGCGAGCCCAGGGCCAUGGUGACCAAAGGGGCUGGAGGGGGGCACGCUGGGGAUGGAGUCAAAGGCCCCCCCAUCCCCAACAAUGAGAAGGACCUGCCACCACCCAAGGCCAAGAGAAGCCCCCAGCCUCCAGUCUCCAGUGUCCAGAGAAGGGAGCCAUCAGGGCCAGGGGCAACACAGCUCUUGGAGCCAGGCCAAGAGCCCCUGAAGGGAGAGGGGAAGCUGGCGGGGGUCGAGGCUGGAUCGGGCAAGGAGGAGAGCCAAGAACAGAGCCACCCAGCCCAGCCUGUGGAGGAAUCUCUGCCUGGAGGACAGAGAAAAGCCCAGGCCCCCAUGUGUGGGGUGGUGCAGGUCGGAGCUAGUGCCCCUGUGGCCAACCAUGUAGCUGGAGAGGCGGCCGGGCUACCUCAGCAUGGCCCGGAGUCCUCUGCUGGGACGGACACAGUGAGAGAGGAGGGGAUGGCCUCCUCUGAGGUCUCCACCAGUAGGGAAGUGGUUUGGAUGGCGCCAGGGGUCCUGGCCCCCAAGGAGGCUCCUCUGGAGCCAGGAGUAGUCCCCUCUUCUCUCAUCCAUCUCCUGGAAGACUCCAUUGAAUGCUAG